AUGGACAGUUGGUAUCAAUGUUGCUUGAAUAUGAUACGAGCGUUUACGGCGAAUUUCUGAAAUUGGAACGCAUGUAGGUUAGCAGUUUACGGUGCAAUCGAUUAGAAAAACCGGUUUUUCUUAUUUUUCAUUAAGGAAAAUGAAUACUGUAUGCGGUCGUUGCUUUUUGUCGUACUUGCGAUUCAAUCAAACAUUCUAUAAUGCACUACCAGCACUUGUAACACAUUCCCGUUGGUUUUCAUCAAAUAAGCCGAUUGUUGUGCAAGAAAUUGUGAAAACUGUCAAACCUUUCGGAAAGGUGGUGAUUAAUGUGGCAUGUGAUGUUGAGGUUAAGUCUACAGAUCCUGAUAUGUAUCCUGAUAUGAAUACCGUAUUAAUUCGGCUGCUUUCCAAAGAAGCUUUACCUGAUUCUGAAGGUGAAGUUUUGACAGUUCACGUGAAUGAUGACAUUUGUGAAAUCCGCACUCUGGAUGAACAAUUACAUCUUAUUCCUGAUGAUGCCAAAUGUCUUAUAGAAUCCCCUGUACGAUAUGACGUUGAUGUCCAAGCUAUCGGCAACUGCAAUGUACAUGUUUCUGGUAUGGUUUCGGACUCAAUCAUAGUUCAGACUGAAUGUGGUGAUAUAACAGGGGGAAAACUUCAAGCUGGUCAACUUAUACUUUCUUCAAGUGAUGGUGGCUCUGUAAAACUUUGCCAUAGUCUACAAGGAAACAUUGAAAUAAAUACAGCAAAAAAUGGG